CGUAUUGCUUUGAACCUGCAGUUGUUAAUCUUGAGAGAAAAUGAGUGACGAUCAUCAUCAUUGGAAAAUGAUAUGAAAGUGAAAAACCCCUUCACAAGCUGGGUGACAGUAUGAGCUAUCUCGUUCAUGAUUUUUAACGAGUGACAUCAAGGAUGACAUCAAGGAUAUAGUCGGAAGACAGUGUCUUCUUUUAGAAGGAGAACCCAGAGGGAGACAGGAUUACGUAAAAAUCGGAUAGCCAUCUGACCACAUCUUAAUUGAGAUGCCAUCCUGAAGCAACUAUCACCGUUCAUCAGAAUAAGAGCACAGUGAAACAUUACCCAUCUCAACUUAGAGAAAAUAAAUCGAAAACGCAGAGAGGAUGAGCGAAGCAAAUCCAGUCCUAUACUAAAAACAAGAGACACUUCCAAGGAAAUCCAAAUGUAGGCCUAUAUUUUAUUCUUGUGAGGCCUGCAUUGAACUUCGAAGGUAUACCGCUUGAAUGACAGCAUCGAUUAUUCAUCAAAAUCCCUUGAGAUUAAUGGACAACACUUUUUCGGAAGUGCGACCCCCAAUAGGUGAAUUCGGGUGAGGGGGCAACGAUUACCCUUGUUUCCCUGGCUGACUCUUGGAGCCGUAAUAUUGCAUGUAUGAGAGAACAAUAUAACGAGUGGUAUGGAUAUGGAUAUCUAUGCAACCCCUGCCGGUGACAUUGACAACAACAUGGCGCACUCGGAGACGGGAGGAGUGCCUCUAAUGAACGAACACAACCAGAACAGCGACACCAACGGAGGCCCUAAGUUUCACCAAGCAAACAUGGUCAAAGACGUUGAAGAUUUGAACCUGGACAACAGAGAUCCCAUCAAUAUGACGUCACAUGUCAGGAUCGGUUUUGAGGAAGUGUUUGCCGAGCCGGAUCAUCAGCAGAGCUUUGAUGCGGUCUGGACAACCAGCUUCAUCGUAUAUACACAGUCUAAGAUCUGGUGUUAUCGACUACUCUCAGCUGCUCUGGCCAUUCCACUCGCUCUGCUGUGGGGUGUUCAGCUAGCCUUGCUGACCUUCUGUCACAUCUGGUGGGUGGUACCGUGUUCACGGGUCUGGAUCUUCAUCCUCAACUGGGUCGGAAGCCUCUGGGCCACCUGCAUCCGGGCUCUCUGUAAUCCCAUCGCGGAAUCCUGCAGCAUCUUGCUAGGCAAUGUCAAGGUACAGAUGCAGCAUUCCCCGCAGCACGUAUAGCAGCACGAGAUGGAAGGACCAGGGAACAAUAGUUCAGAGAUUCCAUGGAAGAACCAACCAACUUGUUCGUGCCAAGGCGUCUUCCAGGACCUGCGAUGCUAAGGAACGUUUAGUUCUCUGGUAGGUGAUGGUGACUUUCGAUCUUAACUGGGAUGAAGAGCUACCACAAAGGACCAUUCCCAGAAAGGCAAACAUUUUCACAUCUCAUGUAGGUGGCCAAGACCUUUCCUUGGACCUUUUGCUUAUAGGAUAGCCCUGGUAAGGUUUUGACUUUUAAUCGCUCGUAGGAUAUUUCAUGUUACAAGAGGCCUUCCGUGGACGGAUGUCCAAUAUCGGCAAUAUCUUGUACACUGAUGGUCAUUUCAAUUAUGCCAGUGAGAAGAGUUGUUAUAAGAAACCAGUCCAUGGUGUAAGUCAAAGAAACACAAACGUUGCGCCUGACUGAUGUUUAACAAGUAAUGGAACAUGCGCCAAAACGGCCAUUCGAUAAUUCAUGUCCAAGAAAGGCAAACUUGAAUGAUGAUGAUGAUGAUGAUGAUGAUGCUAUCGCAUUUUAAAUAGUUUUGCAAACUUACAUUGGAAUCAUGCCAGAGAGACUCAGGACUCCAUACGUACAGGUUUAAAGAAAGUAACACGAGGAUCAAGACUUUUGAUAUCUGGGUACAAUCCCCAGCAAUGGUAUGUGGAGAGAAUAGAGAAGAGAAGAGAAGAGCAUGACACAAUGGGACACUAUCGUCAUGUUGAAAAGGAAUCAGUCGGACACGAACAAAUUAAAUGUGGUGAGGAAGUAUAAGUUGUAAGAAAGAAGUGGUUGUGUUGAUAGCGCACGUUGCAGGCCGUCCUUUCGCUCAAUGGAAACAAUGAUGCAGUCUUAUCUACAUCCCGUGACACAAUAGAUGGGAGUGGCAACGAUAAAGACUUGAUAUAAAUUGUUGGAAGAUUCGAAAUCCUUAUUCACCCAGCUGAGAUGAUGGAAUAAAAUUAAUUAUUGAUAUGACUUUGGUGUUAACACUAACCUACUGAGCUUGAUGACUUUAAAAACUUAGAUGUAAAAUAUUGAAAGAGCUAAAUAGAUAAGCUCUGAUCUAUCCCGUCCCCACCCUUGAUACUACAGCGCCGCGAAAUUUAAUUAAUGUGUGGCAAUAAUUUCCAACAACCUAAUUACUUCUGAGCCUUAGAUAGGAUUAAUCCCAUUAUCAAUAAUUUCCUUUAUUUUACAUGAUCUAUCAGUGUUUUGUUUUCUUCAAAAGGUGAUGAAGUAAUAUUAUUGUUAUAUAAUAUUAAAUACUCGAUUUCGUUACUGAUGUCACUCCUAUCUCAAAUAUCAGUCAUGUUUCAUUAAGAAUGAAUUUGCUUUAUAUAGAUUUAUAUCCGUUUUAAGACAAAUUUGUGAAUUCUGAGCAUUCGGUCUGUUGUGCACUUCACAUGACCCACUCUUUUAUGUUACGACGCAAACAACAUUCAUUUUUUGGGUAAAAUGCGAACCCAGUAUCUUAUCCUGAUUUCCGUUAAUGUCCAUUUAAGAAAGGUCACUCCACAAUUUCCUUAUGACAUUUACAUAUUUAUUAGAGCAGUUGAUAUUCGUCACAAUCAUGUUCAUGCAAAGUAAAGAAUAAUCAAAAGAACAAUUUUAUACUGUGUAUAUACGAAUUUCUAUAAUAUUGUAUAAUAAAAUAUAUAUUCUAUGUUCAAAACACAAGUAUCAGUUAAAGUAUCAUUUAAUAAAUUGUACAUUACUUUAAUUA